AUGCCUUUUAAGCUUAAAGCUAUAUCCAAUUUCGAUGUGACGAAAGAUGAGCGCGAUGGAAAGGUUCGUGAUGUCUGUGAACAUGCUGUCUGGAGUCUUUCAUCGUGUAAACCAGGUCAUGGUAUUGAUCAAUUGUUGAGUGAGUCUACUGAUACAUUUUGGCAGUCAGAUGGUCCACAACCUCAUUGUGUAAAUAUUCAAUUCCCGCGAAAAAUGAUACUAUCCAAACUAUGUUUAUACACUGAUUAUAAAGUGGAUGAAAGUUAUACACCUAGCAAGCUAGCUAUUCGAGUUGGGAAUACGAUUCAUGAUCUUAUUGAACUGCUUGAAGUUGAACUUCAAGAACCAACUGGAUGGUCAGUAAUUCCACUGAAUUGGCCGGACGGGUCUUCACUGCGCACCUUUUUAUUACAAAUCGCUAUAUUAGCUAAUCAUCAGAAUGGACGCGACACUCAUUUACGAGCUAUUAGAUUACAUAGUCCUGUAGAACGUCGGGGACUGAACACAUUGGCACCGUUUGUGAGUCGGGAAGGAAAGGCCUUUAUGACUAUUCGCUAG